AUGAUGGGUUGGCUGUCGUCGAAAUGCGCAUGCGCGAAACCCCGUAGACGGACAGUCGUCAACUACGAACUGUCCGACAGCGACUCGAAAUCGGUGUCGGACAUCGAGCUGAGGCCGAGCGGCGAGCCGCCGAUCAAGUCGGCGCUGCCCAAGCGACAGGGCUGCUGGAAGAUCAGGAGGCUGAUACCGAGGACGGUUCUCAGAUGGAUCGGACUGGACGAGGAUAUGAGCAUGACCAAAAUCGAGAAAACUAUAAAGGCUUCCUUACUGAUCCAGAAAUGGUACAGGCGGUACAUGGCUCGUCUGGAAGUUAGAAGGCGAUACACCUGGACGAUAUUCCAGACUCUGGAAUAUGCCGGAGAACAAGACCAAGUCAAGCUGUACAAUUUCUUCAACGCUUUAUUGACACACAUUCCGCAGCCUGAUAGGGAAAUUGAUUCGACUGAAACCUCUAGAAGUUCUUCCGUAGAAAAUCUUAAUAUAGAAUUUGACGAUGAAUCUCCUGAUGAUGAGUAUUACGAACCAGAAGAAAAGAAAAAACUCUCUCAUUUCAACCUCGAGUACCCUUAUACAGAGAAAGCGAUACUUCAACUAAUAGAAAUUUUCAGAAAACAUCGACAUUAUCGACUAUCACCGAAAUGCGUAGCUGAUAUUCUCAAAAGGGCCAUAUGUUCACUAAAGAAGUUACCGAAUAUCAACGUCGCUUCAACAGGGAUUUCCAAACAAUUGACUGUGUGUGGAGAUUUACAUGGCAAAUUUGACGAUCUGUUGGUUAUACUUCACAAGAAUGGACUUCCGUCAGCCGAAAACCCUUACGUUUUCAAUGGAGAUUUCAUAGAUAGGGGCAAGAGGGGUUUAGAGGUAUUUCUGAUACUUCUGCUAUGCUUACUAGCCAUACCUGGAGCAGUGUAUCUGAACAGAGGCAAUCACGAGGACAUAAUAAUGAACCAGAGGUAUGGAUUCAUCAAGGAAGUUCAAUCCAAAUAUAGGAAAAACCACGAGAAGCUUCUGAGGCUCAUAGAGGGAGUGUACAGGUAUCUGCCAUUAGGAACGAUAGUCAACAACAAAGUACUGAUAGUGCACGGAGGAAUAUCUGACUGUACGGAUCUAGAAAUGAUCAGAAGUUUAGAUAGAGGAAAGUAUGUAUCAUUGUUGAGACCUCCGUUGGGUGAUAGCUCAGCUCCAUCAGGCUCCGAAGUCAUCAAUAAGGUUGAAUGGAAACAGGUUUUCGACAUUUUGUGGUCGGAUCCGCAAGAAACCACAGGGUGUGUCCCAAACAGCUUGAGAGGAGCGGGAACCUAUUUCGGUCCGGAUGUCACGAAAAGGUUUCUGGAAGAAAAUAAGCUCCUGUACAUCAUCAGGUCCCACGAGUGCAAGCCAGACGGAUACGAGCUAUGCCACAACAAUUCCGUCAUAACAAUUUUCUCCGCAUCCAACUACUACGAAGUAGGAUCGAACAACGGGGCCUACCUCAAACUGGUGGGCCCUGAACUGGAUACCCACUACGUCAGAUACAUGGCGAAUUCUGGCAGGAGAAAGUUGAACCUCUACCAGAGAAUGGGGCUGGUGGAAUCUGGAGCUGCUAGAGAAUUGAAGAUGCAGAUCAUGUCCAACAAAGAUAAACUGGAAGAGGCUUUCUCGAAAGCUGAUCCAGAUAAUACAGGGCUCAUUUCGAUCAUGCAGUGGUGUGUUGCCCUACAGGAAGCCACAGGACUUCAGCUUCCGUGGAGGAUGCUCAAGGAUAAGCUAGUUAGCAUAGAUCCAGAGACGAAUAAAGUCAAAUAUCAGACGACUUUUGACGUUUCCAAGAGCGAGAAAUUGAACUCUGUGCAAGGAGCUCAUUCAGUAGUGGAAACCCUGUACCGAAACAAAAGCAGUCUAGAGGCUAUUUUCCGCAUAAUCGACAAGGACAAUUCUGGUUAUAUUAGUCUAGACGAGUUCUCAGAAGCCUGUACCCUCAUAAAAAAACAUAUGCCAUGUCCCAUGACCACAGAACAAGUAGAAGAGAUCUGCAAGCUCAUGGACCUCAACAAAGACGGUCUUGUGGACCUGAACGAGUUUCUGGAAUCUUUCAGGAUGGUCGAUCCGGAAAGUCGUCAAAAAAAUCAACCUGGAUCCCCAGAAUUAUCCACCGAACAACCCAGCGCAGUUCCCAACCCCCUGGAAAGGUCAGACAAGAGCCCCCAAGAUAGAAAAGGAACUACCUCUCAAAGUUCUUCACCGAAUGGGAACGCUGUUGCCAAUGGUAGCGCCAAAUUGGAAGCGAUGGAUCAAGAAUCCAACGUGAAGGUUCAGAUCCACAGUCCUCCGAGAGAAGGUUCUUCCAAUAGUUUGGAGGCGAAUCUUGUGCAGCAGAUUCCUGUGGUACAUAAACAGUUCCAGAUGUCGCCGGUAUUGAGCAGCAGACGAGGCUCUCAGAUAUAA